GUCGUUGUAGUUGCUUGGGUUUUUGCUGGUGUUGCUCCCCCCCCCACCUACCCUCCGGAGACAAAUGAGCAAAUUGAACUUGAAGUACUAAUACAGGUUGUCCUGGAGUCCUGUCGCUGCACCUCUCUGAGAGAGAAGGCCUGCUUUUUCCCUUUCCCUGUUUUUUUGGAUGUGAUGGAACUCAUGUUUGCAGAGUGGGAGGACGGGGAAAGGUUUUCAUUUGAAGAUUCUGACCGCUUUGAAGAAGACUCCCUUUGUUCCUUCAUCUCUGAGGCAGAGAGCUUAUGCCAGAAUUGGAGAGGAUGGCGGAAGCAAUCGGCUGGACCCAAUUCCCCCACUGUCAAAAUGAAAGAUGGGCUGGUGAUCCCGCUGGUGGAGCUGUCUGCAAAACAGGUGGCAUUUCACAUUCCAUUUGAAGUGGUUGAAAAAGUCUACCCACCUGUGCCCGAACAACUGCAGCUUCGUAUUGCCUUUUGGAGCUUCCCAGAAAAUGAAGAGGACAUCAGGCUGUACUCCUGCUUGGCAAAUGGCAGUGCAGAUGAGUUCCAGAGAGGCGAGCAACUCUUCCGAAUGAGGGCUGUUAAAGAUCCACUGCAGAUAGGUUUCCAUCUGAGUGCCACAGUGGUACCUCCCCAGAUGGUACCACCAAAAGGAGCAUACAAUGUGGCAGUGAUGUUUGACAGAUGCAGAAUCACUUCAUGCAGCUGCACUUGUGGAGCUGGGGCCAAAUGGUGUGCCCAUGUUGUAGCCCUCUGCCUUUUCCGGAUACACAAUGCAUCUGCAGUGUGCUUGCGAGCACCUGUCUCAGAAUCCCUGUCUCGACUUCAGAGAGAUCAGCUGCAGAAAUUUGCACAGUACCUCAUCAGUGAACUUCCCCAGCAGAUCCUUCCUACUGCUCAGCGCUUGCUGGAUGAGUUGCUGUCUUCUCAGUCCACUGCUAUCAAUACUGUAUGUGGAGCCCCAGAUCCCACUGCCGGUCCCUCUGCCUCAGAUCAAAGCACCUGGUACUUGGAUGAAUCUACAUUAAGUGACAACAUAAAGAAAACCCUUCACAAAUUUUGUGGUCCAUCUCCUGUUGUCUUUAGUGACGUGAACUCUAUGUACCUUUCUUCCACGGAGCCCCCAGCCGCCGCCGAAUGGGCCUGUCUCUUGCGUCCUCUGAGGGGCAGGGAGCCGGAGGGCAUCUGGAACUUACUUUCUAUUGUUCGGGAGAUGUUCAAGAGACGGGACACCAAUGCAGCCCCUCUGCUAGAAAUUCUAACGGACCAGUGCCUGACCUACGAACAGAUAACCGGUUGGUGGUACAGUGUAAGGACAUCUGCAUCCCAUAGCAGUGCAAGCGGGCACACUGGCCGUAGCAACGGCCAGUCAGAAGUGGCUGCUCAUGCUUGUGCGAGCAUGUGCGAUGAGAUGGUGGUUCUCUGGAGGCUUGCUGUCUUGGAUCCAACCAUCAGCCCUCAUCGGCGGAGGGAUUUGUGCACACAGCUGAGGCAGUGGCAAUUGAAGGUAAUAGACAACGUCAAAAGGGGACAGCACAAAAAAUCCCUCGAGAAACUGUUCCAGGGGUUCAAGCCAGCUGUGGAAGCUUGCUACUUCAACUGGGAGGAGGCCUAUCCAAUUCCAGGCAUCACAUACAGCAAUGCUGACAAAAAGAACUCCUUUUGUUGGGUAAAGGCCAUCCAACAGCGAAACUGCCGACCACAGUGUGGAGAAAACAUCUGUGAGGCGGGGAGAGCUCAUGGUCUGGAUGUUUCGGGGACGUGCUUGCAACUAGGGGAUCGGUCGCGCCCUGCCUCUCAGGAGCCCGCUGUGCGCCCCAAAGAACUGAUUGGGAAGCGGAAAGUUGUGUCUGAAGGUCCCCAGCGGGUUCUGAGAAGACUUUCAGCUGAAGGCGAUAAAGCUGCAUACAAGACAGCUGUGAACAAGGGCGGCAAGCUUCCAGUGGGAAAGACCUUGGCCAGCAAACAUAGUGGGAAGCGUCGCAUGAGCAGCGAGGACAGCUCUCUGGAACCGGACUUGGCCGAGUUGGCUUUAGAUGACAGCAGUUUGGCCCUUGGCGCCGAGGCUAGCAACACGUUCAGCUUCACAGACAGCCCGUUGAGCAGAAGUUACAGGGAUACCUUUGAGGAUGAUGGUGGGGUGUAUUUCUCAGAGGCAACUGAGCCCACCCUUAGGAGUAGUCCAUCCAGCAAGAAGAACCCAAAGGACCCAGUGGGCGAAGUGGGUAGUGGAGAUGAUGACAUUCCUUGCCCUGAUGAAAGUACUGGUGGGGUGAGUUUGAAGCCCAAGGAAGUGGGGGAGAACGGUGCUGCUGGAGGAGGAGGAGGAGAAGAGGAGGAAGACGACUACCAAGUGUACUAUCUGAAUCCCCAGGAGGUUGCUAAGGAAGAGGAUGACAAGGCUGAGGGAGGGGUAGAAGAAGAACAGGACAUAUUUGCUGGGAUAAAGCCCCUGGAGCAGGAAAACCGCAUGGAGAUCCUGUUUGCUUGUGCCGAGGCUCUCUAUGCACAUGGUUACAGCAGUGAAGCCUGUCGCCUCACAGUUGAGCUUGCCAAGGACUUGUUGGCCAACCCUCCUGAUCUCAAAGUGGAACAGCCCCCAACCAAGGGAAAGAAAAACAAGGUAUCCACCAGCAAGCAGACAUGGAUGGCAACAAACACCUUAUCCAAAGCUGCUUUCCUGCUGACCGUGCUGAGUGAACGGCAGGAAUACCACAAUCUAGCCUUCCAGAUUGGCAUGUUUGCUCUGGAGCUGCAGAGGCCGCCAGCCUCUACCAAGGCUUUGGAGGUAAAGCUUGCAUAUCAGGAGUCUGAAAUUGUGGCCUUGUUGAAGAAAAUUCCGCUUGGCUCUAAUGAGAUGAACACUAUUCGGGGAAGAGCUGAAGAGCUGAGGGAAGGAACCCUGUGUGAUUACCGCCCUGUUUUGCCUCUUAUGCUGGCCAGCUUCAUAUUUGAUGUCUUAUGCACACCAGUGGUUUCUCCUACAGGAUCCAGACCUCCAAGCCGUAACUGGAAUAAUGAAAUGCCUGGAGAUGAAGAGCUCGGUUUUGAGGCAGCUGUGGCUGCUCUUGGCAUGAAGACGACAGUGAGUGAAGCAGAGCACCCUCUGUUGUGUGAAGGCACCCGAAGGGAGAAAGGAGAUCUUGCUCUGGCCCUGAUGAUCACUUACAAGGAUGACCAGUCUAAGCUAAAAAAAAUCUUGGAUAAGCUGUUGGACAGGGAGAGCCAAACACACAAGCCUCAGACUCUAAGUUCAUUCUACUCAUCCAGCAAGCCCACAGUAGCCAAUCAGAAAUCUCCUUCCAAACAUGCUACCCAAUCAGCUGCGCCCAUUCAGCACCUCCCAGGAACACCCGUCACGCAACAAGCAGGGGUAACCACUGCUGUCCAGAGCAACACUUCGGAACCCUUUUUGGAAAAGAGCUCCCAAGAUAACCCUCAGAGAUCCCCUUGUGACCCACCUAUGGAACCCAGUGUCUUAAAGCAAGAAGGGAAAGUUCCUAGCAGACUAGCCCUUGGAAAUAGAGGUGGCUACAAUGGGAGGUGCUGGGGUUCCCCAGUCAGACAAAAAAAGAAGCACACAGCGAAGGACAGCAAGCAUAAUGCCAGUAUAAAUAUGUGGCAUGGCUACAUACAGAAUACUGUGUACAGUUCUGGUCACCCCAUCAAAACAAAAAUAGGAAUGGCCAGCAUUGACAGCAGUGCUCCAGAAACCACCUCGGACAGUUCUCCAACCCUCAGCAGGCGGCCUCUGCGGGGAGGAUGGGCAGCCACUUCCUGGGGCAGAGGGCAGGACAGCGAUAGCAUCAGUAGCUCUUCCAGCGACUCCUUGGGCUCAUCCUCCUCCAGUGGAAGCAGGAGAGCUAGCGGAGGAGCACGUGCAAAGACGGUGGAGGUCGGCAGGUAUAAGGGCAGGCGUCCAGAGAGCCAUGCUCCUCAUGUCCCAAAUCAGCCCUCGGAAGCAGCUGCACAUUUCUAUUUUGAGCUGGCCAAGACAGUCCUCAUCAAGGCUGGUGGAAACAGCAGUACUUCCAUUUUCACCCACCCAUCCUCUAGUGGUGGCCACCAGGGUCCUCAUCGCAACCUCCACCUCUGCGCCUUCGAGAUUGGUCUCUAUGCACUGGGGUUGCACAACUUUGUCUCUCCCAACUGGCUGUCUCGAACCUAUUCCUCCCACGUCUCAUGGAUUACAGGGCAAGCCAUGGAGAUUGGCAGUGCAGCCUUGAACAUCCUGGUGGAGUGCUGGGAUGGGCACCUGACCCCUCCGGAGGUAGCGUCCCUGGCUGACAGGGCUUCCAGAGCUAGGGAUUCCAACAUGGUGCGAGCAGCCGCUGAGCUGGCAUUGAGCUGUUUGCCGCACGCCCACGCCUUGAACCCAAAUGAGAUCCAGAGAGCCCUGGUCCAGUGCAAGGAGCAGGAUAAUCUAAUGCUGGAGAAGGCAUGCUUGGCAGUGGAGGAGGCAGCCAAAGGAGGCGGUGUUUACCCUGAAGUCCUGUUUGAAGUUGCUCACCAGUGGUACUGGUUGUACGAACAAACUGUUGGUGGAACUCUUGCUCAGAGAGAGGGAGCCACAGGCUGCAGUGCAAGUGGAGCCCGGGCAUCCUGCGAAGCGGUGCGUGGACUGGCAGAUACCAGAGUGACGUCAGAACCCACCACAGUGACUGUCGCGGCUGCGGUGACAGCAGCAGCAACGGUGGUGCCCGUAAUUUCGGUGGGGUCGACAAUCUACCAGCAGCACACCAUGGCAGGGCCAGCAAUGGCACAUGCGCACACCCAGGGUCUGCACCCUUAUACAACACUCCAGACCCACAUCCCUUGCAAUCCUCAGUAUAUCGGGCACCCUAUCCAGCACAUGCCACGUCCGGCGGUCUUUCCUGUUCCUGGCUCAGCUUAUCCCCAAGCAGGGUUACCCUGUCCUCUUCCUUUGCAGGGUGUCCACCCAGCAUUCAUUGGAGCACAGUACCCGUACUCGGUCACUACCCCGUCUCUGGCAGCUACAGCAGUGUCCUUCCCGGGAGUGCCUGUCCCAUCCAUGACGCAGAUUGCUGUGCAUCCAUACCAUGCUGAGACUGGGCUGUCUCUGUCUUCCAAUGUAGCAAUAGGAAGUGUUCAUGCAGGGUCUACAUUCCCAGCAAUUCAAGGGACUUCCUUGACGAGUCUGUCUUCUCAGCCCAGCUCCCUUGUCACAGGAGGCUUUCCUUCUGAGGAUGAGCAGCACAGCCAGCCUGCAGGCAAUCAAGGCGUGCAUCACCUCCACUCUGCCUACCGAGUUGGAAUGUUAGCACUGGAGAUGCUUGGCCGCAGAGCUCACAAUGACCACCCCAACAACUUCUCACGCAGCCCACCUUACACAGAAGAUGUGAAAUGGCUCCUGGGAUUAGCUGCCAAAUUAGGUGUCAACUAUGUGCAUCAAUUCUGUCUUGGCGCAGCCAAGGGGGUCCUGAGCCCUUUUGUGUUGCAAGAGAUCAUCAUGGAAUCCCUGCAGAGGCUCAAUCCUGCCCAUGUCCACAAUCACCUGCGCACACCAGCCUUCCACCAGUUGGUACAGAGGUGUCAGCAGGCAUACAUACAGUACAUCCACCACCGGCUGAUCCACCUCACUCCGGCAGACUACGAUGACUUUGUGAAUGCCAUUCGCAGCGCCAGAAGCGCCUUCUGCCUGACCCCUAUGGGCAUGAUGCAAUUCAAUGACAUCCUUCAGAACCUGAAGCGCAGCAAGCAGACUAAGGAUUUGUGGCAAAGGGUCUCUUUGGAAAUGACCACCUUUUCACCAUGACGGCUUGGGGGUGGCUUCUGUUAGCUAGAGUUCUGUUCGUGGCACCCUUCCAUACCGGAUCUUUUUUUUUUUUUUUAGCUGUUGGAAACCACUGAUUUGAUGUAUUUAUACCAAGGCAUUCCUCUUCGUGCAACUGUGACUGUGCUCCACUUCCCUUGUUUUCUUCUCCCCAGCAGGUGGAGUCAAGAAAGUAGUUUUGCAAGUACAAGGAAGUACGUGGUGUGUGUAUGAGAGUGUUUUCUGUGUGAAAGUUGCGGGGGUUGGGGGGGGGAAAGAGGGAGAGUUGUCUGGCUAGCUGAUACUUGGCCAGUGCUUUCAGCCCCCUUCCUGUGCAGUUUUCUAAAUGAGGGUGUGUGUGUGUGUGUGCCUGCAUGUUAAGGGCGUAGGGUGGAGCCUGUCCUUUAUAAUAUUUAUUUUAGCAUUUAUAAAUAUGUAUACUACUUUCUAUAAGGUUCUAAAAAUUUCAUUCAUCAUAGGGCCAGGAGAGGCAAGAGUUUUCUUUUUGCGCAUCCUGGGCUCCUCCGUCACCAUUCCUUCCUGCAGCAACUACCCAGAGGAGCUCAGGCUGAAGUGGAAAGAGCUCCUUCAGCCAGCACUGCCUACAUGUUUGGAUGGGCAAAAGUACCACUUUUGCAGGCCCCAGAACAGUAUUGAGCUGGCUACUGCAGUUUCUUUGCUGCUUGGACUGUGGCCCCAAAGAGUUUUUGUCAUCAGGCUUUGUAGGAUGUUCCAACCAUGGUGGUUCUGAGUUGUACAGUCAUGUUACUUUGGCUGGGAUGUUAGCUCUCCUGUAAUCAAUUUCUUAUUCCUUGUUUCAGUUUCCUGAUUAAAACACUCAUUUUCUUAGACUGA